GACACUGCAGGAGGAGGAAGAAGAAACCCAGUGCCGGAGGCAGAGAAGACAGGGACAACCCUGGUCGCCGCUGCAGCUGCUGCCACCCCACCCCCUGCACGGGGAUGUACCUUUCCAUUUGUUGCUUCUUCCUCUGCUGGGCUCCCGCCCUGUCGCUGAAGAACCUGAAUUACUCGGUGCCAGAGGAGCAGGGAGCGGGCACGGUCAUCGGCAACAUCGGCCGCGAUGCGCGGCUGCAGCCGGGCGCGGCGGGUGGCGGGCUGCUGCCCCCGGAGCGCGGCGGCGGCCCCGGCGGCCGUGGCGCCAAGUCCACCUUCCGGGUGCUGGAGAACUCAGCCCCGCACCUCCUGGAUGUGGACGGUGAGAGCGGGCUGCUCUACACCAAGCAGCGCAUCGACCGUGAGGCGCUGUGCCGGCGCAGCGCUAAGUGCCAGCUGUCACUCGAGGUCUUCGCCAAUGAUCAGGAGAUCUGCAUGAUCAAGGUAGAGAUCCAGGACCUGAACGACAAUGCACCGGUUUUCCCCUCUGACCAGGUGGACAUGGACAUCUCAGAAAAUGCUGCACCAGGCACCCGCUUCCCCCUCACCAGUGCUCAUGAUCCAGAUGCCGGAGACAAUGGGCUGCGCACCUACCUGCUCACUCGUGAUGACUAUGGCCUCUUCUCCCUCGAUGUGAAGUCUCGUGGUGACGGCACAAAGUUCCCAGAACUGGUGAUUCAGAAACCUUUAGACCGUGAGGAGCAGAGCCACCACACUCUGGUACUGACAGCACUGGAUGGUGGUGACCCACCGCGCUCGGGCACUGUGCAGAUCAAUGUGCGUCUCAUUGACUCCAAUGAUAACAGCCCUGUCUUUGAGGCUGCUUCCUACGUGGUGGAGCUGCCAGAGAACGCGCCACUGGGCACUGCUGUCAUCGACCUCAAUGCCACGGAUGCCGACGAGGGCACCAACGGGGAGGUGCUCUACUCAUUUAGCGGCUACGCGCCUGAACGCGUCCGUGACCUCUUCAGCAUCGAUCCACAGAGCGGCCUUAUCCGUGUCAAGGGCAACCUGGACUAUGAAGAGAACGGCCUCAUUGAGAUUGACGUCCAGGCCCGAGACCUGGGGCCCAACCCUAUCCCCGCACACUGCAAGGUCACCGUCCGCCUCAUUGACCGCAAUGACAACGCACCCACCAUUGGCUUUGUCUCCGUUCGCCAGGGAGCGCUGAGCGAGGCUGCCCCACCAGGCACAGUCAUUGCCCUGGUGCGGGUCACCGACCGUGAUUCAGGCAAGAACGGGCAGCUCCAGUGCCGGGUGCUGGGCGGUGGCGGCGGGCCCGGUGCUGUCCCCUUUGCCCUGGAGGAGAACUAUGACAACUUUUACACUGUGGUCACUGACCGGCCUCUGGACCGUGAGGCACAGGACGAGUACAAUGUGACCAUCGUAGCCCGUGAUGGGGGCAGCCCCCCGCUCAACUCCACCAAGUCCUUCUCUGUCCGAAUCCUUGACGAGAAUGACAACCCACCCCGCUUCAGUAAGAGCCUUUAUGUGCUGCAGGUGCCUGAAAACAACAUCCCCGGAGAGUACCUGGGCUCUGUCUUGGCCCAGGACCCUGAUCUGGGCCAAAAUGGGACAGUCUCUUACUCCAUUCUGCCUGGGCACGUUGGCGAUGUCUCCAUCUACACCUACGUCUCUGUCAACCCCACAAAUGGUGCUAUCUACGCCCUGAGGAGCUUCAACUAUGAGCAGACCAAGCACUUUGAGUUUCGUGUUUUAGCCAAGGACUCAGGUUCACCCCACCGCGAGAGCAAUGCCACAGUACGUGUAACCGUGCUAGAUGUCAAUGACAAUGCACCUCUCAUCGUCCUACCUGCCCUCAUCAAUGACACUGCCGAGCUACAGGUGCCUCGCAAUGCUGGUGUGGGCUACCCUGUGGGCACCGUCCGCGCCCUGGACAGUGACUUUGGGGAGAGUGGGCGCCUCACGUAUGAGAUUGUAGAAGGCAAUGAGGAGCACCUCUUUGAGAUGGACCCAACUAGUGGUGAGAUACGCACCUUGCACCCCUACUGGGAGGAGCUCAGCCCGGUGGCUGAACUGGUGGUAAAAGUCAGUGACCAUGGCAAGCCCAGCCUUUCUGCAGUGGCCAAGCUCAUUGUCAGGGCCUUGGCCGGGCCCCUGCCCGAGGCUGGCGAGCCGCAGGUGAAUGGCGAGCAGCAUCGGCGACCACACUGGGACUUGUCACUGCCCCUGAUCGUGACCCUGAGCACUGUCUCCAUCAUCUUGCUGGCUGCCAUGAUCACUAUUGCCGUGAAGUGCAAGCGAGAGAACAAGGAGAUCCGCACGUAUAAUUGUCGCAUUGCCGAGUAUAGCCACCCUCAGCUGGGAGGAGGGGGAGGCAGUGGCGGGGGAGGAGGAGGCAGUGGCAGUGGAGGGGGCAAGGGCAAGAAGAAGAAGAUCAGCAAGAAUGACAUUAUGCUGGUGCCCAGUGAGGGCGAGGACAGCCGGGGCCCCCUGAAUGUCAUGAACGUGGUGAGCAGCCCAUCCCUGGCUACCUCACCCAUGUACUUUGACUACCAGACCCGCCUGCCCCUCAGCUCUCCCAGGUCUGAGGUGAUGUACCUGAAGCCCGCCUCCAACAACCUGACUGUACCCCAGGGACAUGUGGGCUGCCACACCAGCUUCACAGGGCAAGGGACUAACGCCAGCGAGGCUCCCCCGAGCCGGAUGUCCAUAAUUCAGACAGACAAUUUUCCCGCAGAGCCCAAUUACAUGGGCAGCAGGCAGCAGUUUGUUCAAAGUAGCUCCACGUUCAAGGAUCCAGAAAGAGCCAGCUUGAGGGACAGCGGGCAUGGGGACAGUGAUCAGGCUGACAGUGACCAAGACACUAACAAAGGCUCCUGCUGUGACAUGUCUGUUAGGGAGGCACUCAAGAUGAAAACUACUUCAACUAAAAGCCAACCACUUGAACAAGAACAGCAAGGCAGAGGCCAAAGACCCAUCGUUGGGAUCUGUGGACCAGCCCGCUGUGAGGAAGGAAAAUUUUCAGAACAAGAAGAAUGUGUUAACUGCACAGAUGAAUGCAGAGUGCUUGGUCAUUCUGACAGGUGCUGGAUGCCACAGUUCCCUGCAGCCAGCCAGGCUGAGAAUGCAGAUUAUCGCACAAAUCUCUUUGUACCCACAGUCGAAGCUAACGUUGAGACUGAGACUUACGAAACUGUGAAUCCCACCGGGAAAAAGACUUUUUGUACAUUUGGGAAAGACAAGAGAGAGCACACUAUUCUCAUUGCCAAUGUUAAACCUUACUUAAAAGCCAAACGUGCCCUGAGUCCUCUGCUUCAGGAGGUUCCCUCAGCAUCGAGCAGUCCAACCAAGACAUGCAUUGAGCCUUGCACCUCAACAAAAGGACCACUGGAUGGUUGUGAAGUGAAAUCAGGAGCCUUGGCCGAACCAGGCAGCCAGUACUUGUCAACUGACAGUCAGUAUCUAUCACCUAGUAAACAGCCAAAAGACGCUCCUCCGUUCAUGGCAUCAGAUCAGAUGGCCAGGGCCUUUGCCGAUGUACGUUCCCGAGUGAGCCGAGACUCGAGCGAGAUGGACUCUGUUCUGGAGCAGUUAGACCGCUCAACCCGGGAUCUAGGCAGGGAGUCGGUGGACGCCGAGGAAGUCGUGAGAGAAAUCGACAAGCUCUUGCAGGACUGUCGGGGAAGCGACCCUGUGGCCGUGAGAAAGUGAGGGGGAAAAUAAGGACAGGCUGGCAGUCACGUUCCUCUUCUGCUGAUUAAAAAGUAAAAUAAAAUAAAAAUCCCCUGGUUGUAACAGAUUUACGGGAAUGAAGGAAGACCAAUGCUGCUUUAAGGCUUUUAGUGAACAUCUGAAGUGCCCACAAGUAUGUUCUUUUCACUGCUCUUUCUUUUUGACAGAUAACACUGGUUUCAUUUUGACCAAACUUUCAUUAAGACAGAGUGAAGUACACUAAGAACUGAAAGAAAGAAGGAAAGACGGUGCCAUUCUGACAAUCUGAUAGGAAGAUGUGAGAAAAGUGGAAUCGAAAUGCGUCUGAUACUCUAAGACUGUCCUCAAUAGCUGAUGCUGACUUUACUGUUUACGUGUAAACCCCAAGAAAAACAGGGUUGAAUAAUUCUGAUCUGUGGUGGAUUUCCAGCAGUCACCACAGGCUUCUACUGAAAGUCCUAAAAAAGAGUUCUUGUAGUAGUCCAAGCGACACCAAACAUUAACAUUCAUUUGUGGUAAACAUUUAUGUACAAAGUUACCUGCCGCAGAAAUGAAAAAAAAAGAACGAGAAAACAAAAAAAAUACCAUUCCAGAUCAUUAUUCAGCAAAACAUAUCCUGAUCAUUAGUAAAA